AUGCCGGCCGAAUUGCAGGUGUUCCAGUUUUACGUGAAGAAGAUAUCGUCCUCCCUGUCCUUCGUGGUUGACGUCAACACCACCCAGUUUCCUCAGCCAAUCACCUUGCUGCUCCGCAAGGGGGCGCCUCCAACCCCGGCUGCGCACAACUGGACAGUCACCCUGCCACUUCCCGAGGACCAGCUGUUCUCCGUGCCGUGGAGAGACAACAGCUCACUGACCUCCAACCCUUACCAGUGGAUGGUGCCGACAGGAGACAUCGACUUCUCUCCCUUUGAUGCAGGAAACAUGACAGAGUAUUUCAUAGGAAUAGACUUUGCUGCUACUGCCAACCAGAGCAGCGAUGACAACGUCGCCUUCACUUUAUACGUCUUUGAGACGUCCUGCGUCUAUUUUGCGGAAGGCGACACGCAUCUGUGGGAGAGGGAAGGUUGCAAAGUCGGUCUAUUGUCCAACCUGACACACAUCCACUGCCAGUGCGACCACCUGACCAAAUUCUCCGGCUUUGUGGCGCCGAACCCGCUCAACAUCCAGGAGGCCCUGUCGGCCAACGUCCUGGAAAACCCGGCAGGCCUCAUUCUGGUACUGGUCGUGUUCUCGUCAUACUUACUGGGUGUGCUCUGGGCAAGGAAGGAGGACAGGAAAGACCUGUCUAAGGCUGGGGUGGGGCUCCUUCCUGGCCACAAGCUGAACCCCCGUCAGGACUGUCAGUAUCUCGUCACUGUUUACACCGGUUUCCGGGGCAACGCAGGAACAACUGCCGAGGUAUCUCUGGUCCUCCACGGGUUCCACGCGGAAAGCCUGCCCAUCACACUGCGGGACCCAGGCCGGCUUCUCUUCGAGAAGGGCAGUGUGGACGCCUUCCUGCUGUCCACAGAUCAGCCGCUAGGGGGCCUGACUCAUCUCCAGAUCUGGCACAACAACGCAGGUUAUAGCCCAUCCUGGUUCCUCAGCCAAGUCGUUGUGGUCAACAAAGGAACAAACGUCACGACGUACUUCCUCUGUAACAGGAGAGCUGUGUCCAUGCCUCUGUCCCCGCAUCCUUCUCUGUGGUUGGCCAUCGACAGGGAAGACGGAAACAUCGAGCGUGCCGUCCCCGCUGCAGGCCCAGAAGAAAUGACCAGCUUCCGCACUGUUUUUGGCGCAAAAAGUGCCAGGGACAUGAACGAUGGCCACCUGUGGUUCUCCGUGGCCGGCCGCCCUGCCCGGAGCCCGUUCACCCGUGUCCAGCGCCUGUCCUGCUGCCUGACGCUGCUCUACAGCACCAUGCUCACCAACAUCAUGUUCUUCGGCCGCGGAGACGACUUCGACCCUCCCGAGCCGCUCAGGAUCGCAGGGCUGGAAAUCAAGCCGCCGAUUUCUCUCCCACAGCUGAUGAUCGGGAUACAGAGUGCGGUCAUCAUCAUGCCAGUCAAUCUGCUCAUCGUCUUCUUGUUCCGUCAGUCAGAUAAAAAGAAAGGGAAGAACACAUCUAAUGAUGCUAAGAAACGUUCAACAGAAGGUCAGGGAGCUAUCGAGGACGCUUUACGACAAGAUACAAAGAAAGUCAAGUACAGGCCAGGCAACCAUGAUUUGUACCGAAAAGAUGGUAAAAAGCACCGAACUUCUCUGCGUCCUGUGGUUGACAACAAACUUCGAGUCGUGCAGCUGGCAUCAGAGCGGAGCGACCGUCCCUACAGUAGUGACUGUGACGAAGAAGAUUCCUCAGGACAAAAGUGCCCGGUUUCUCGGUGGGCUGCCUUCGUGGGCUGGUGUCUUGUGUGGAGCGCGAGUUUCGUGGCUGCCUUCUUCACGGUACUUUACACGUUGAGCUUUGGUCGGCAGAAAGCCGAGGCCUGGGUCUUCACCUUCGUGACGUCAUUUUUCACCGAUCUGUUUUUUGUGCAACCCAUCAAGUUGAUCAUGGUGGCGAUUCUGUUUGCCCUUCUCGCAAAGAAACCGGUGGAAGAUGAAGACCCUCCCCCAUCCCCACCAGCAGAUGACGAGGAAUACACACACAGAAGUGGGAAGGGAGAUGGAAGGACUCCCCCAAACAGUUUGGCGACUGCAACUGGUUGGCUGCGAUACGUCGGUAGAGGAAGAACUACCCAUCGUCAAAGUUCUGUCGACACCCAAACCCCAUCGACCCCUCCCAGCCCGUCCAUGUUGGCAGAACUAAGAGCCAAGAGUGCCGAGAAGCGUAAAGCACGAGACGCGGUGCUGGAGGUUGUCGGCGUGGGUUUGUUCAUCGCAGUGAUCAUGCUGACAGCGUACGGAGAGAGAAGUCCACUCGCGUUUUACAUGACGCAGAACGUGCGAGGACUGACCCCGGGGGCCACAGACGUCAAGGACAUCCCGUCGUUCUGGACAUGGAUCACGGACGGUUUGGUUCCGGCCACCCACACUGCACUGCGGUACAACGGAAGAGCCAGCUCCGCUGACCUGGUGUUGGACGAUCUGCUGACGCAUCCGGUGGACGGGGUGAGGCUCAGACAAGUUCGACUCAAACCAGGAAAGCUCUGCGAGGUGCCAGAAAAAAUGACAUCAUUCACAUCACGCUGUCAGGCAGACUUCACCAUACUCACAGCUGACUCACAAAAUUAUACCAAGCUUAGCUUAGCUUGA